AUGGCUCCCCAAGCAUACGUCCAGCCCAUCGUCGCGUCGACCAGCGUCUUCAAGACCGACCUUUUCAACGGAAAGGUGCUAUUUUGCACAGGUGGUGGUUCGGGAAUAUGCAAGGGAAUGACGGAAGCCAUGAUGCGUCAUGGAGCUAAUGCUACCAUUGUCGGACGAAAGCUCGAUCGUCUGCAGCAAAGUGCAAAGGAGCUGUCAGCAAAGACCGGUCGCGAGUGCUUGCCAGCCCAAGCCGACGUUCGCAACCCCGCUUCUCUGAAGGAAGCUGUCGCCAAAACCAUCGAGAAGUUUGGUAGAAUCGAUUUUGUCAUUUGUGGUGCUGCUGGUAACUUCCUUGCGCCAAUUUCUGGUGUCUCUGAGAAUGCCUUCAAGACGGUGAUGGAGAUUGACACGAUUGGCACGUACAACACCAUCAAGGCAACCAUCGCUCACGUCCGUGCGGCAAAGGGUGCCUACAUUCACGUCAGCGCGACGCUGCACUACAGUGGAACCCCAUACCAAGUCCACGUCUCCGCAGCCAAAGCCGGUGUGGACGCCUUAUCUGCGGUGCUGGCAGUUGAGGAAGGUCCUCAUGGUGUGAGAUCGAACGUUAUUGCGCCUGGACCCAUCGCGGGUACGGAAGGCAUGGACCGCCUCUCGCCCAAGACGCAUGAUGAGAGGUUUAACUCUGCGUACCCCGUGGGGCGUAUGGGAGAUGUAAAGGAUAUCGAGAACGCCACCGUGUUCCUGUUCAGCGACGCUGCCGCUUAUAUCACUGGCCAAGUCCUCCCGGUCGAUGGUGGAACUGAGCACCUCCGUCACCAGUUCUUGCCGUACCCUCAGGCUGUCUUGGAGCCAGAGAAGGUCAAACACAUGAUCAAGGGGAAGUUGUAA